AGGAGAUGACCAGAGACUGCGGACAUAGUACAGGAAAUGACCAGAGACUGCAGACAUAGUACAGGAGAUGACCAGAGACUGCAGACAUAGUACAGGAGAUGACCAGAGACUGCAGACAUAGUACAGGAGAUGACCAGAGACUGCAGACAUAGUACAGGAGAUGACCAGAGACUGCAGACAGUACAGGAGAUGACCAGAGACUGCAGACACAGUACAGGGGAUGACCAGAGACAGCGGACAGUACAGGAGAUGACCAGAGACUGCGGACACAGUACAGGAGAUGACCAGAGACAGCGGACAGUACAGGAGAUGACCAGAGACUGCGGACACAGUACAGGAGAUGACCAGAGACAGCGGACAGUACAGGAGAUGACCAGAGCUUGCGGACAUAGCACAGGGGAUGAUCAGAGACUGUGGACACAGUACAGGGGAUGACCAGAGACUGCGGACACAGUACAGG